ACAAAAUUUCCCAAUGAGAUUCAUAAUUAGACAAAUGAUAAGUUUUCAUUAAUUUUGUCGUUAUUGCUGGAACUGCUCUGGAAAUAAAAAAAAGAAAACUCAAAAAUAAUAAAUAAUGAAAUAAAAUAAUUUAAAAUAUGAUUGAUUUAUUGUAGAUUUCUAACUUUCGGAAUUCUUUUAGGAUAGUUUAGAGCUUCAACAGUCCUCCUAGGCUACUUAAUUUAUUUCCUCGAAAUUAGGUUGUAUUUCCCACAAAUCAAAAAUAAUCAAAAUAUAAUUUUAACCCUUGGAGGAUCCGGUAUUUCUAACCUAAAACUUAAAACUUAAUUUUCUCUCACAAAGAAAAUAUUUUUCCAAGUUUUCUUUGAACGAAUUUGAAAUAAUUGAACUUACCUUCUCAAUAAAAAAAAGAAGUUAUUCAAAUAACAUAAUAUAUAUUGCAUUUUUUUAAGGAUUUAAAAGACUGAAUUGGCCAGAGUGGCCAGCAAAAUCCUCCACAUUGAGAAUAAAAUAAAUCACUCACUGCUAUGGGAAUAAAUGCGGAAUAUCGAAAGACCGAGAGUGUGGAGAUUGGAGGAAAACUCUGUGUGAGCACUGGAGAAGUAGAAAAUUAUUUUAUAGGGUUGAGUCAGUCAAAAUGAGUACGUCAGUGUGAAUGAAAAAGAUUUUUAGCAAAAGACUUUAGGUGUAAAAAUUUGUGAUUUUAUUAGAAAAAUUAAAAAUUUAGUUGGGUAGUGUAAAUAUCCUGAAAAAUGGGGAGUGAGGAGAAAUUUUGUCUAACUGUGUGCGAGGGUUAUUUUGCCAAAUGUCUCGAGGGUCAGGAGGAUGAUGUUCUCAUGGAUGACUACUUGAGUGGCUACAAAGAGCUUAACAAAUUUUUUCAGCUCAUGGGAAAAGUUUUUGGGUUUGUGAGUAGCGAUGUUAAGUCUAAAGUUGAAAUUCUCGAGGAAUUCCGUACGAAGGAAUCCAAGGAAAAUUUCAUCUCAUUCCAAAAGAUGAUCACCUAUGAGAAAGACAAUGGUUUGCUUGAGAAGAAAGACUACGUGUCAGGUUCACGAACAUUGUUGCGCCUCCACCGUGGCUUGGAUUUUAUCAGAGAAUUUCUACGACAACUAGGAGAGCUCAAUCCGGACGACAAGACAGGAACAUGCUGCCAGAAUGCAUACAAUGCUACACUGGCAAAUUUUCAUCCCUGGCUCAUACGUAAAGGUGUCUCUGUGGCGGUAUAUGGCCUUCCUACGCGGGAUAAUUUACUCGAUCGUGUUUGCCGUGAUAAGAAUGUUGCCAUUGAGGCCCUUCCUCGCACUCUAGAAAUCCUUAAGAAUGUCUACGACCGCACCCAAUCAAUGUACACUGCUCACGAUUUGCACGGACUUCCGUGAAGGUGAAACUCUUUGCUCAAAACUACAAUUGCAUCAUUCCGAGACCUUUACAACGAGCAGAAGGUAUUUUUACAACUAGUCCUUACCAUCCUGGCGAAUGGAUUAUUAUAUAAAAUUUUAUACAUAAACAAGGAUUUUUGCAAAUUCUUGCCACAGGUUCUCAUUUUACAAUUAUGUAAAACAUUUAAUUAAGCUUAAGAGCAAAUUAAAAUAUGUAUGAAGCUUUAAAACUUCUUCUCCAUGUAACGUAUUAUGCACGUAUAAAUGUUGAAGCUUUUUAUUAUUUUCAAAUACCAAAAUUGGCAUUUUGUUUAUAUUAGUAUUUUGAUAUUGAUUUUAAUAUCAAAACCUAUUUUAGUUAGACAAAAUAUUAAAUGGAACCUCUUUUAAGCUUUGAUUUGAGAAACUGUGCUGUAGCUUAAAUUUUCAUGCAUUGAUGCAACCAAUAAAUGUAAAAAAAUAUAUAAAAUGUAUUUUAUAUAAAAUUAAAAUAGUAAAUAUUGCAAAAUAAUUGAAAAAA